CGCUUCAAAAUAAAAGUGCGAAUGGUAAAUAAUGGAGGUUUUGUUGAUUGAUUGAAGCCGGUAGAGAGAGAAACGAAUAGGGUUAGAGAGAAAGAGAGCUAAGUACUACUAUAGUAGGAACAAGCACAAAGGAAGAAGAUAGCUUAGCCACUCAGUUGUAUACUUUUUUGCAACUAUCUCUCUCUCUCUCUACAUUUCUAUCUAAGGGACUGUAGCAGAACCCUUCUUCUUCUUCCUUGUGAUAAUCAUUUACAUGGGCAUCAAUAGAAGAAAGUAGCAGCAGCAGGAUCAGAGUAUGGUGUAAUCUCAAAGAAGUUGUCUUUGGGAUCUGGAGAUCCUAGUAUAUCCUUGGAGGAAGUAAGCUAAUUAAAUAUUAGUGAUUGAAGCAAGGAAAUGGGGAUUUUAUUUGACGUUAUUGCUGUGAUUUAUGGAAAGCAAAGCUGAGAUCUACCUACGUUGAGAGCUUUUUUUAGGCUACAUGCAGUUUUGAAUUGUAGAUUUGAAAGCGACGACUUGGGCUUUUUACCUUUUGGGAUUUGAGGGAGGGUUUUAAGUAAGUUGGAGAUAGAAUGUGCUGGUUAAUUUGGUAAGUGGGUAGUUUCCGGAUGAAUCUCACAGAUCGGUGUGCUUGGAGCUGGGUGAGGAAGAUCAAGUGCGGAUGAAGCUGAAAUUCAUUGUUUUUGUAAGUGGAACCGGCUUUGGUUGAAGAUUGGGGGUGGAUUGUUUCUUUUUUUAAUUUCUCAUUCUUAUGAGAGGAUUCUUCUGUUCACUGCAAACAUUAGAAGAAUCAAAGCCGGUGGGUGUUUUUGGUGGGUUUAGUUGGGGGUUUAAGGAGCAAGAAAUUUAGCUUGUUUUCGUGAUUAGCACUUUCUUAACACAUACAUAGAUGAGGCUUUCUUCUUCAGCUACUGGUUUCACGCAGCAGUCACCUGAAGAGGGUGGUGGAGAGAGACGAUGUCUAAACUCUGAACUUUGGCAUGCAUGUUCGGGUCCUCUGGUUUGUCUACCUGCUGUUGGUAGCCGUGUGGUUUACUUUCCUCAAGGUCAUAGUGAGCAGGUUGCUGCAUCAACCAAUAAGGAAGUGGAUGCCCACAUCCCCAAUUACCCAAACUUACCUCCACAGCUUAUCUGUCAGCUUCAUAAUGUAACUAUGCAUGCAGAUGUAGAGACGGAUGAGGUAUAUGCUCAGAUGACAUUGCAGCCACUUAGUGCAGAAGAACAAAAGGAUGCAUCAUUUCUGCCUGCUGAUUUAGGUGUCCCUAGCAAACAGCCAACCAACUAUUUUUGCAAAACAUUGACAGCGAGUGAUACUAGUACACAUGGAGGCUUCUCAGUGCCUCGUCGGGCUGCUGAAAAAGUCUUUCCUCCAUUGGACUUCACACAACAGCCCCCUGCUCAGGAGUUAAUCGCAAGGGAUUUGCACGAUAACGAGUGGAAAUUCAGACAUAUAUUUCGUGGCCAGCCAAAGAGACAUCUUCUUACGACUGGAUGGAGUGUGUUUGUUAGUGCAAAAAGACUCGUUGCUGGUGACUCGGUCAUCUUCAUAUGGAACGAAAGGAAUCAACUUCUUCUUGGCAUUCGGCGUGCUAAUCGGCCUCAAACUGUGAUGCCUUCUUCAGUUCUAUCAAGUGAUAGCAUGCACUUAGGACUGUUGGCUGCAGCUGCUCACGCAGCUACAACUAAUAGCCGCUUCACCAUAUUUUACAAUCCCAGGGCUAGCCCGUCAGAAUUCGUGAUACCUCUUACGAAAUAUGUCAAAGCAGUCUACCAUACCAGGGUUUCUGUUGGAAUGCGUUUUAGGAUGCUUUUUGAAACUGAAGAAUCAAGUGUCCGUCGUUACAUGGGCACAAUAACUGGCAUAAGUGACUUAGAUCCUGUAAGAUGGCCCAACUCACAUUGGCGCUCAGUUAAGGUUGGUUGGGAUGAAUCUACAGCUGGGGAAAGACAACCGAGGGUGUCUCUGUGGGAAAUAGAACCAUUAACUACAUUUCCGAUGUAUCCAUCUCCCUUUCCUCUAAGACUCAAGCGCCCGUGGCCACCUGGAUUGCCUUCUUUUGGGGGGAUCAGAGACGAUGAACUGGGAAUGAAUUCUCCUCUUAUGUGGCUUAGAGGAGAUAUGGGAGGAGAUCGCAACAUUCAGUCUCUUAACUUUCAGGGAAUUGGUGUUAAUCCAUGGAUGAUGCAACCUAGGCUUGAUACAUCCAUGCUCGGUAUGCAGAGCGAUAUUUACCAGGCUAUGGCAGCUGCAGCUCUUCAGGAAAUGAGAACAGUUGAUCCUUCCAAUUCCAAGCAAGCACUUAAUAAUCCUAAUCUCCUCCAAUUCCAGCAGCAACCUCAAAUGGCACCCACACGACCUUCUGGUUUAAUGCAAUCUCCGAUAUUGCAGCAGGCUCCACUUCAACAACCCUCGUUUGUUCAAAGUACAAAAGACAGGCAUGUUCAAUCGCAGUUACAGUCAAAUCAUCUUCUCCAACAGCAGCAUUCUUUUGCUAAUCAACAGCAGUUGGUAGAUCAACAGCAGCAGCAGGUUGUCUCUGCCUUGUCCCAGUUUGCUUCAAGCUCUCAGGCUGCACAACAGUCCCCAUCUUUGCAGACCAUAUCUUCAAUGGGAAGACAACAAAGCUUCUCGGAUUCAAAUGGUAUUUCAGCUACGAGUGCUAUUGCUUCUUCACCACUACAUAGUCUGAUGGGAUCUUUUGCACAAGAUGAAGCAUCUCAUCUCCUGAAUCUAACCAGAAGUGAAGCGAUGCUGUCGUCUACGGGUUGGCCGUCGAAAAGAAUUGCUUUUGAUUCUCUCCAGUCGUCAUCUUUACCCCAGGGAAACAACAAUGUUUCGUUGCCUCCAUUUCCGGGUAGAGAGUGUGCCAUAAUUGACCAACAAGAUGGAAGCAAUGAUCCACAUAAUCAUUUCUUGUUUGGGGUUAAUAUUGACGCCUCAUCCUUGCUGAUGCAUGGAGGGAUGUCGGGCAUUAGAGGAGGAGUAGGAGGAGAUGGUCAUGGCGAUUCGACAAUUGUUGUACCCCCUUUUACUUCUUCUUCCAAUUAUUUGAGUACAACAGGCACGGAAUUGUCACAUAAUACGGUGAUGACACCUUCCAGUUGCAUUGAGGAGUCGGCAGGGGUGUUCCCUUCUGACAAUAAUGCAGGUCAAACCGACUCCUCAACUAAAACAUUUGUUAAGGUUUACAAGUUAGGGUCCUUCGGCAGAUCAUUGGAUAUAACGAAAUUCAGUAGUUAUAAUGAGCUGAGGAGUGAGCUUGCUCGCAUGUUUGGCCUUGAAGGCCAAUUGGAGGACCCUCGUAGAUCAGGCUGGCAGCUUGUAUUUGUUGAUCGGGAGAAUGAUGUUCUUCUCCUGGGCGACGACCCCUGGCAGGAAUUCGUGAACAGCGUAUGGUGUAUCAAGAUUCUAUCGCCACAAGAAGUGCAACAGAUGGGCACACAGGAGGAGGAAGACGAGGAGGAAGAGGGUGAAGGUGGUGAUGGAAGUCUGGAGCUCUUAAAUUCGGUCCCAGUUCAGAGGCUGUCUAGUGGUGGUGGCUGCGAUGAUUAUUAUUAUGGACCAACAUCAGAUUCCAGGAAUUUGACUUCUGGUAUAAAUUCUGUUGUGGGUUCCUCGUCCUCACGAUUUCUGAAAUGAAUUGAAUUGAAAUGAAAUGGAUCCCCUACCUCUAGUCUUUUCUUUUUUGUACUUUCAGGUUAAGAUACUAGUAUAGUGGUAGUGCAUAGGCCAUGAAAAAUGAAUUCAUCAAGAAGAACAAACAACUAGAUGUUAUGUUAUGUUAUGCCUAUGCUAUUAUUAUUAUUAAUAUUUUAAGCCUAUUACUACUACUA